AUGAACGGUAAAUGUGUGGUGGAGCAUGAGAACAUAAUUCCUGACUAUUCUCAAAAUGCACCUGCUUUUCUAAGAAGAAUCGAUGAUGAUGGAUCUGCCACCCAACCAAGACCCUAUUAUACUUAUAACAUCACAACGCAAAGGUCUGACUGGGCCGAGUUCUGGAAUGACAGACUGAAUGACAUUACGACAACACCAAACCCUGACACAACAAAAUCCUUCAUUACUUACUCCUACUCAACAUCACAUGACACAACACAGCACAACAAGGAUCCUAACUAUGAAUCAGGGAAAAUAUUGGGGCAUGAUGAUGUAAAUUAUUAUAAGAGUUCUCUCUCACAAGACGAUAAGCACAAAUCAACUUUAAUUAGUUGGCCAGUAAAUGAUCCAGCCACCGCGAACCUCCAAAGAAAUAGUCAUUUAAAUCUUCAUAAUAUUGUAAAUAACGGAAGUGAGCAUUAUCAGAAUAAUGAAAUCACUCCAACAACAACCACACGUUCAACUUACUUCCACACCUUUAGAACAACUAAAAGUCCAUAUGACUUUAGUGACUUUGGAAAAUCAACUGCAUCUGAUUCGCCAUCUCCUCAAAUAAAAUCUGUGGGCAAUGAACAAGAUACCACAAUAAAACCAAAUUUGUAUGAGGAUUAUUACAAAUCAUCAACAAUAAAACAGAAUGCAUAUGAUGAGUACUACAGAACAUCUACUUCUAAAAAUAAUCUCUAUGAUGAAUAUUAUAAGACGUCAACUACUAAACAGAACUUAUACGACUAUUAUAGGACAACUCCACCUUCACAAAAUAUAUUUGAGGAUUACUAUAGAACUUCCUCAACUGAGGGGCCAAAUUCUUAUGCUGAAUACUAUCGUACAUCAACUGUAAAAUCAAACACAUAUGAAGAGUACUACAGGACUUCAAGUACUCCUGAUCCGCAUACAACAAGAAACCCAUAUGAUUUCAGUGUUUUUGGACAAGCAAGACAAAAUUAUGAGGCACGGGGAAAUAAUUACUAUACUUCAACAACUGAUAACCAUGACUCUCACCAAACACAAUCCACAACUGAAAAUCCAUAUGCAGCAUAUGAACUUUAUUACAAGACUUCGACAACUACUAGACCAUACUACCAAUCAAGUGGCACGAGCAACUAUGAAAACCACGUUCCUGCUGGAAGCCAAUCUCCAGAAUCCUCCAAUCCAAAUUCCCUCAAUCCUCAAUCUCCAUCUGCACCACUAUACCUAGACAGCAGUACAAAAACUGUGGCAGACACUGAAGAGUGUGUUGAUGUAGCUCGCUCAAUAAGUGGCGGUCUAACAUGCCGGGAGUUCUUGGAGCGCUACGGUUUUCAAUACUGUAAUUAUCAAUCAAUGCGCAAGAGUUGCUGUGCCUCCCAACGAGAAGUAUGCCCAACUUCAAGGUGACUGCCUGUUAGUUUCCCUGAGAAUGGAAAAUGAAAACAAAAAUGCUCAUCUGCUUGCCAGGUGGUAAUUCCCGAACUGUGAUCAGAGUAGGGCACUCUAGACAAAUUCCUGAAUACACUGCCACUCAAAUUUUACAGCAACCAAUAAUGCCAAUUAUAGCUGUGGCCUAGCUAUGGUAAUUGGUAUGAGCCUAAGACUUUCCGUUGUCUCACACUCGUCUGGUUUGGAAGCAAUGUUUUUAUGUUGUUGUAUUUUGAGGGGGGAAAAUAGCACACACAAACUAUGCCUCAUGAUCACUGAAGGCAUCGCCUAAGCUUGAGUGUCUAUUGUGUGUAAAUAAGUUGUCAAAAACAAGUGUUAAAAUUUAGGUUUAAGCAUAAGAAACGAAAUAUGAUACAAAAAGACUUCAUUCUUAUUGCUUUGAAGCUUUGACAGAAGUAAGUCAAACUACGAGUUUGAGCUACAACUUGUAAAAAAUUUCAUGGUAAUUUUACCAUUUUAUAUAGCUUGAUUGUGAAAACUGCUGUGCAGUUACAUAAAUUGUUAAUCAAUCAAAUCCCAUUGGAUCUAGGAACAGUAAUUCUGAUAGAUUAAUACAUAAAAUCAGUUGCUGAAAAUUGUCCAUAAACUUAAAAUAUGUGAUAGUACAGGGUUCAAAAUAUCUGAGUAAAACCAUUAGAUGAAAAUGAUGUAAUGAAUUACGAUAUUACACAAAUGAAGCAUCAUUGUGUUCCUCCAUAUAAGUAAUCCAAGAAAUGUGAUGAAAAAGUAUUGAAAAAUUUCUCUGACUCAGAGGACAGAGAUGCACUUUUGUUACCAGAAACUUUGUACAUUUGUAUAUAAAUAUAUGUAAGAGAUGACACCAGCAUCAUUAACAAAACCACAUUCCAUUCCAACUAACAAAACCAUAAACAGUUGGCAGAGCCUUAGAGGUCACUACUUGGGGACAAACCAGAGUACUUUUGUAAAUAGAUUAUCAUUUUCCAGAUGUACUGCUAAGCUUCAAAGGUGCUAACUGAAUAUAGGCUUCCAUCAAAAUUCACUAACCCUUUUGAAAAUAGACUGUGCACAUGAGUACUGGUCUACAUUCAGAGAACAUUUAUUUAUUAUUAUUAUUCAACGAAUCCAAAUCAAAUCAAGAUUAAACCUGUCCCUGUCAAGGAGACAUCUUCAUAUCCUUGACAAAUGAAUAUUUUUCCACCUGACAUACAAGUUUCUUGUAUGCCUGUUGGAAAAACCAAUGAUGAGUGUUCCUGUUCCCUCCAUACAUUCCUCCAUAAUUUUUUUAGAGCAAAGUAGUAUUUAAAACAAAGGAGAGUACAAUUUGGCAGAUUUUUAAAGAAACUUAGUGUUACUUUAUACUGUGUAGAUAAGGUAUUUAUAUAAACCUUUCAAACUUUGGUAGUAUGUGAUCUGUAUUAAGCAUGAAGCCAUUAUGUACCUACAAGAAAUUGUAAUCUCUCCUCACUGUUAUUCAGACAUUUGAGUCUACUUUAGUCAUCCUGAAAAAGCCUGAUACAGUAUGGAACAAUAAACUGUGCCAAGAAACUGAUUUAGUGAACAAUUAGAUGAAGUUUUGAUAGAUUCCAUAAAAACUUUCAUCCAUUAUUUGCAUAUGAAAUGUAAAUGAGGGUCACCUAUGAAUAACACUGUAAAUAAAUAUGAUUCAUGUGUGUUCCAAUCACAACUCAUAAGUGAUAAAAUUUUAGUUUUAAAAAAGAGAGAAGAUUACAAAUUCAAACUAGUUGCAAUUGUUAGUGUAUUCUAAGAAUGUUUGUAACAUAUGUCAGUAAGAUGUUGAUUGGAAUAAAUGAAAUGUUGUGAUAUCCAA